AUGACAUUUCCAAAUCUAACAUUCGUAAAGGAUGAGUAAAUAAGUAAGUGUAAGUACAUACGUUUAUAUAGUAUGUAUGCCUAUGAUAUCAUUGAAAGCAUUGUAAUCUUUUUUCUCUCUUACUUAUUACUCACUCUCUAGUUGGUAAACACCUUGAAAGAACUGCGGAUGACGCGAUGCGAAAGUGGGUGUGCCCAUCAUUGGUUAGCCGGCUAUCAAGUGAGAAGGUUUUCCUCGUUUUUGUUUCUCGAGCUAUUGGUAAAUUUUUUAAAAUGCUGUUCUAAAUACAUUUUUACAUAUAUUAUAUUAACGUAAAAGAUAAUAUAGAAUAUGCAUAAAUUAACAUAAAAAAUAUGAAUUAUAUAGCAAUAUGCAAUACAUGUGAUAUAUCCUUUCGUACUGAUCAAUUUAUAAACAAUUAUUUUUCAUUUAUUCUAGGCAAUCUCUUGCGCAGGUAAAAAUGUCACAACAACAGUAUUAUCCUUUUAAAGUAAGUAAUAUUUUAAUCAUUGAUUUGAAAUUUAAUAAUAUUUUUUAUUUGACUGCUAAUAAGAUAAUCUAUUUCUGGCUAUUGAUCAGCUGUAUUUUUAUCACCAUUUUACCUGAACAAAUCAAUCAGCAUUGAACUUACGUAUUAUAAAUGUCUAUUUUUAAAGUUCAUACUUUAUUAGAAACUUAAUACCUAUGUUUUAUUAGUAACUAAACUUAGCGCGAAAUAUCGGAGUAUAGAAAAUUAAUUUUUUUUAUUUUAAUUUUCUAAAUAUUUUUUUCUUGAAAUAUUUUAAAAAAGUUUGCAUACUUUCUUACGAAAACAUAUUUCUUAACAUUCAUAAACUUUUUUUUUUAUUUUCUUAUAUCACAAUACCAAUUUGUUAAUACCAAUACAAUAAUAACUUAAGAAGAAAAUAACUAUUAUAGAAGAAUUAUAAAUAUUUCAAUUUAUUUAAAAUGAUAAUGAAUAUUGUUUUCUAUUGCAGUGUACUCCUACAGUAUACCCUGCUGAACCAUUUGAUGCAAAUGCAGAUGCUGCAUUAUUGCGCAAAGCAAUGAAAGGUUUUGGUACUGAUGAGAAAACUAUUAUUGAUGUGCUUACAAGAAGAGGAAUUGUUCAGAGACUAGAAAUUGCUGAAGCAUACAAGACCUUGUAUGGAAAAGAUUUGGUUAGCGAUUUAAAAAGUGAACUAACAGGAAAAUUGGAAGAUGUUAUAAUUGCUCUCAUGACUCCAUUACCUCAUUAUUAUGCUAAAGAACUACAUGAUGCAGUUAGUGGACUGGGAACUGAUGAAGAAGCAAUUGUUGAAAUUUUAUGUACUUUGAGUAAUUAUGGUAUUCGUACUAUUGCAACAUUUUAUGAGAACUGUAAGUUUAAUAGAAUAUAUGGAAAAUCUCUUGAAAGUGACUUAAAGGGAGAUACUUCAGGACAUUUUAAAAGACUGUUAGUUUCUCUUGUUCAAGCAAAUAGAGAUGAAAAUCAGGGAAUAGAUCAAGCACAAGCUAUAGCAGAUGCUCAGGCACUUUAUGAAGCUGGUGAGAAACAGUGGGGCACAGAUGAAUCACAGUUUAAUGCUAUUUUAAUAACACGCAGCUAUCAACAAUUAAGACAGACUUUUAUUGAAUAUGAAAAAAUAUCUGGUCACGACAUUGAAGUUGCUAUUAAAAAAGAGUUUUCUGGAAAUCUUGAGAAAGGUCUUCUUGGAAUAGUAAAAUGCGUAAAAUCAAAAGUUGGUUUCUUUGCUGAGCGAUUGUAUGCUAGUAUGCAUGGCAUCGGUACAAAGGAUCGAACAUUAAUUCGUAUCAUUGUUUCUCGAAGUGAAAUUGAUUUGGGUGAUAUUAAAAAAGCUUUUGAAGAACGUUAUGGGAAAUCAUUGGAAAGCUGGAUUGCCGUAUGUAUUCAUAUCACUCUUUUUUUCAAUAUUUUGUGAUUUAGUAUUUCCAACAAAAUGAGUUGAUUUAAAAUUUUACAUAUAUAUAACCAUAUUGUAGAAGUAAUCGUAACUCCUGAAAUAUUAGUUUCAAUUAACUAGCACAGAAGAUUAAAUAUUUUUAAAUUUAUUAUCAUUAUAUAUCUUACUUAAGAUGGAUUAGUAGUGGUUACAUCUAUUGCUAGUUCUUCAAUUAAAAAUUUAAUAUUUUAAUAUGAUUCAAAGUUAAAAUUAAAUAUUACAAUUAACUACUAAUGUUUAAAUUAAUGACUAAAAAUUUAAUAUUUUAGGGUGAUACAUCUGGAGAUUACAAAAAGGCUUUGCUAUCGCUUGUUUCUACUUAAUUAAAGAGAAAUGUUUUAUAUCAAAUUUUAAAGUUCUAAUAUUUAUGGCACAAAUAUGACGAUUAUCUUGCACACUUUCACUUAAAAGCUUGCAAAUGCUUGCAACAAUUUAUUAAUUAAAUGUACGGGUAUAAAGGAUUGUGCAUUUUACUAUAUUUUUUGCAUACUUUGGAAUCUCUGAAGAAUCAUUGUGGUGCUAUAUGCUUUUUAUAAUAUAGUAAAAUUUAUUUUACGAAGUAUACUAUUUUAUUAAAUCAUACAAUCAUAUACUAUUUUUUAUUAAAAGUGUUUAUAUAUAUAUAUAUUUUACAUAAAAAUCUAAUAUUUGUACAAAUUGUUAUAAAAAAGAUCUUUAUGAAUAUAAAUAUAUUAAAAUUUAAUUAUCUAAUUAUUAUUUCAUCAUAUAUUUAAUACCAAUUAACAUCCAUAUUUUAAGUUUUAAAAUAUAAUAUUGUAAUUAAUAUAAUUACAAUUAAAUGUUAAUUAAAUUAAAUUAAAUUAAGUUAAUUAAAUUAAUUAAAUGAACUAUAACAAAAUUUAUUGAAUUUGACUUUAUAAAUUUUGUUAUAGUUCGUUAUAAAAUAAUUAUAAAAUGAUUAUAAAAAUUAUUAUAAAAUAUUACAAUUAACUACUUUUAAAUUUUUAUUAAUAUUAAUAUUUAGGAAAUUUUUUUAUAUUUAUUUAUUUGUAGAAAGAAUUAUUUUUAUAUACACGUAAAAAAUAAAAUUUAUUUUUUAUAUAUGUACACGUAAAUUUCCAAGUAUAAAAAAUUUAGAUUAUGUUUAGAUUAUAUAGAGGAAUAAAACUAAUAGAAAAUAACUGAUUUUUUUAAGUAUUAAUAAAAUACAAAUAAAUAUAGAAAUAUCUAUCCAUCUGUGUCCAUACGAAGUAUUGAUUAUUUCUUAUUUCUUAAACUUCUACGUACAAUCCCUAAAGAGAAAAGUUAAUAAUAUUAAGUAUCGUCAUUUUUAUGAUUAUAACUGUAUAGUAUGUAAUUGUAUAAAAUUAUACACCUGUAUUACAUUUUUUCUCAUUGGAAAGCGUUUUAUCAUUCGAUGGAUAAAAUAAAGUUGGCAUUCUUUCAAAAUAUUUAAGCACUGGAGUUGGUAGGGUUUUAUCUAAUGGAAUCCAACGAGGAUUAGGUAAAGUGUAAAAUACUCCACUAUAAAUUGAAUGAAUAUCAAGAACAUUUUUCCUGCAAAUAAACGUUAAAUUGUUACAAACAACAAUAAAAUAAUAAAAUUAAAUAAUAUAUUUUAUAAAUCACUUACCCUGGACCUUCUGCUAAUUUAAAAAGAGCAGCGGAUGCUCCAUUUCUUAUAGUACGUCUCAUAAUAUAACGACCUGGAGAUAAAUUUGAGAGAGAUUGAACAAUGUUAUGUAAAAUUAUCAAAGAAUCUUCAACUUUUAUGUUAUAAAGUCUCUUAAUUUCAUUAUUUAUAGACAUUGCUGUACGAUGUUCUAUUUGUAAUACUUCCGAUGUUUUUGCAGAUAUUCGAACUGAAAUAAAUAUAUACUACAUUAUAUUUGGAUUAUAAGAUAUUUAGAUGUAUAUAUUUACUAUCACAACAUUGUUCAUUACAAAUAAUUUACUUCGUGCUAGAUAUGUAUGAGGUCUAAAUAUCAAAGAUAUCCAUUGUUUCAAAGCUUCCUCUAAUGUUACAGUUUCAGCACCAAGAUCAGCCUGAUGUUCUAAUUUUGGUGUUAAUAGUAACAAUCUUUGUACUUUAUUUUGUAAAAUCUAUAAAAAUAAGGUAAAUACUUAAAGAAACAUUAUUUUACUAAUAUUAUCUGUUUUUUUAAACUAGUUUUUAAAAAUAUUUUAACAAGUUAAAAGAGUAUUAAAUAUUACAUAACACACCUCAAAUCCAUGCGUUUUUGUUCGGACUAAUAUUUUAUAUUCUUUAAUAACAUUUUCCAUGAAUUCAUUUUGUUCUGGAAGUUGUGGUCCAAUUGUAAACAAAUCAUAUGAUAUACUAUCUCCCGUCUCUUCAGAGAUUUUAUUUUGUAUAUCUAUUAAUUUAUAGAAUAGAUUAUUUUUAA